AUGAAUGCCUAUGACUCGGCAAGCAUCUACAAGGCGCGUUCUAAACAAUAUCAUGACGCCAAGAUUGAGAAGCGAGAGUUCAAGGAGGGGGCGAAGGUCCUCCUUUAUAACUCUGGUUUGAAGCUGUUCCCGGGAAAACUAAAGUCCCGGUGGAGCGGUCCGUUCGAUGUUGUUCGAGUUUUCCCCCAUGGUGCUAUCGAGAUUCGGGAUGACGAUUCCGGGUCCUUCAAAGUGAAUGGGCAUCGGCUCAAACACUAUUUCUUGGGAGACUCUAUUGGAUCUUUUGCUUCCUUGGAUCUCAAGGACCCCCCAUGA